AUGGCGAAGGGUGGUCGCAGUUUUCAGAUAACAGCUGCACCUGUGACUGUAUUUGCUCAUUUGUUAGUCAUAUCGAUUGCUACCCUUGUCUUGGUUUGGCUCAUAAAGUUCCGUGAAGGCUUUGCUUUCAAGUCCCAUAUUAAAGCCAAGAUCUUCAAUUUGCAUCCGCUUCUUAUGAUACUUGGAUUUGUUAUAUUUUCUGGGGAAGCAAUCAUAGUAUACAAGACGAUCCCUGCAAAGCGGCAAACCCAGAAAGCAACUCAUCUGAUAUUGCAUUUUAUCGCACUUGUUGCUGGAAUUCUUGGGGUUUAUGCAGUUUUCAAGUUCCAUCAUGAACUCUACAUGCCAGAUAUGUACACCUUACAUUCCUGGAUCGGAUUGUCGACCAUCUGCUUAUUUGGCCUCCAGUGGCUGCUAGCAUUUUUCUCUUUCGUGUACCCGGGAGCAGAAUCAGCAAGAAGGUCUAGGAUGGUUCCAUGGCAUGUUUUCUUUGGCGUAGUCAUCUUCUUCAUGACAAUAGUGACUGCUGAGACUGGAUUGACUCAGAAAUUCUUUUCUCUAGAAUUACAACGCAGCCAAGAAGCACUUAUCAUCAACUUUACUGGAUUGUUGAUACUCCUUCUAGGAAUAUCUGUUGGCCUCAUCAUCAUCCUUCCCCGAAGAAUGUAG